AUGGAAGCGUCCAGAAGGUACAUGUCCUCUUUAGAGUCAAUGAUCAUGAAUGAGAACGAAACAACAGCAGAGCAAGCAUAUAUGGAACAACAAGGAAUAGUACAAAAAUACGAACAAGAGGAACAAGCAGAUCAGGAUCAUGACAAUGACCUUUUCAUUCCCUUAUAA